AUGGUCCCACAGAGAAGCUCAUCCAUGGAUGGCUCUUGGAUGGAGGUGGAGUGGAUCCAACAGGAUGGGCUGAAGGAAGAGGAUGGCAGCAGAGGUGAAGACAGGCUCCCACAGGGGGAAGCUGGAUCACAGUGGCUGUGGGAUAUGGGCGGGUCAGGCCUCCUUGGAGGUGCUCAGCACGGGCUCCUGUCCACCCUGACCCAGAUGCAGGUGGCAGCCAUCUGCCGGCUGGACGGCUAUGCCCACUCAACCAAAAGACGGCACAAAGCACCAAUCAGAGGUGUCAGGGGCAUCUUUGGGGUCUUCAAUUCAACAAUGCUGAUUUCAGAGAAUGGAGACUCGGCUGUGAAAUGGACUCAGCUCAGUUCCAGGGCUUCUAAGCUGUUCUCCAGGCGUAGGCAUUCUCCCGCUGCACCCAGGGCUGCUCUGUGGAGGGAAGGUUCACACCUCUGGGCAUCUCACACUUCCUGCAGGUUGCUCAGCUCCUGCCGAGGCCCCACCGCCUCUGGGAGGCACCUGUGCCUGGCACAGGCCUUCCCAGCUGGUGAGCACACUGCCCAGAGGGCUGGUGGCCGGGCCUCCUCCUCGGGCACCGGCAUAUCCCACCUCGCCCUCCUCACCCUCCCUGUGCUGCUGGGCACCCGGCGCUCUCCUGUUGAACCAUUCCUUCAUUUAAUUCGUGCCCCGGCUACCUCCGCGGAGUUUAGGAUCCCUGGAGGCAGACUUGGCUUCACCAGGGUCGGAGACUUGUCCUUACAGGAUACGCAAAAGAUCCCCAUUGUGGGCCCCAACCCGCCGACUGUGCCCCGUGCCCUCCUUGGCUUGGUCCUGAAGAGGAGUAAGGCCGGCAAGCGGGAGGCACAGGUCUGUGGUCCCAAAACAUGCCGAAGCGUGCCCCUCGACUCCCUGCUGGAGGCUGACCACAAAGCUCUCCCCGGCACCCAGGAGCCCCUGGUCCUUCAAGCCAUAAGUUGCCCCCAAGAGAGGGCUGGACGCGAAGGCAUUCUCGGGGUGCCUGGAUCCCAGGCCAGGGUCAAGGGGAUGGAGCAAAGGCUGGAGGGAGAUUUCUACCCUGGCUUUUUAGAAAAGAUUUUUUUAAUACACCCGGACCCGAAACAGCACCUGCAGGGCCUUCACCUGCUCAUCCCCCCUCCAGAGCCCAGCAGAAAUGCCCUGAACGUCGCCUCUUUCUUGGUCUCAGAGAUGCGAAAACUGAAUAACAGCAGUGGCAGUUCCCAGCUCUUCGACGGGAGCCUCAAGACCUGGCUGCGAAGGUUCAGGCAGAGACGGACAAGUGGGGGUGUUUGGGCUCCCCAAAUGGCAAAGGUCCAGGUGGCCUGGCCUAUCCCAGAUCCCCUGGAGGCUCUGACCCCCAGCACCAAAGUAGCCCAUGUCCUCAGGCAGGUCACAGAGCACCUCGGUUCUUGUGCACAGCAUCAGGAAGGCAGUGAGGACGUGGACAGUCUCCUUCCUCGAUAAGGGGCUACUUCCUCGAGUGACAUCCUCCUCUUUGAAGGUGGAGGGAACAUCUGUGAACAUCUCCUGGACCCACAUACCCACCUCUUAGAUCUGUAUGGCACCAACCCCCAUGUCCAGCUCUUCAUGGGGCUGUCCUUUCAGUGA